AUGUCCCCACCAGCAAUCAUAGCGCCCUCAAUCCUAAGCGCCGACUUCGCCACACUGGGCAGCGAAUGUUCAACGAAGAUCGAGCAGGGCGCCGACUGGCUGCACGUCGACAUCAUGGACGGCCAUUUCGUCCCCAACAUCACCUUUGGCGCGCCCGUCGUCACCAAGAUCCGCUCGCACGUCCACAGGCCCGCGCACCCAAAUGGCAAGGGCACGUUUGAUUGCCAUAUGAUGAUUGCAGAGCCGCACAAAUGGGUAAAAGACUUCAAAGACGCCGGCUGCGACCUAUACUGCUUCCACUACGAGGCGGCCGUCUCCUCCGUCGCUGCCACAGAGCCCGCCGACGCAACGACAACCCGCAAGACGAGCCCCAAGGAGCUCAUCCGGUAUAUCCACGAGCAGGGGAUGCAGGCGGGCAUCGCGAUCAAGCCGGAUACGCCCGUCGAUGUGCUGUGGGAUAUUCUGGCGAAUGAGGACGACAAGGAGAGGCCGGAUAUGGUCCUAGUAAUGACCGUCCACCCGGGCUUCGGCGGCCAGAAAUUCAUGGCGUCCGAGCUCCCCAAAGUCCGCGCCCUGCGCGAGCGAUAUCCCGAUCUGAACAUCGAAGUCGACGGCGGACUGGGCCUGGGCACAAUCGACCAGGCUGCGGAAGCCGGCGCCAACGUUAUUGUCGCUGGGUCGGCGGUCUUUGGCGCGCAGGACCCGGCCGACGUGAUUGCGAAAUUACGCGAGGCGGUUGAGAAGCAUAGGAAAUGA